CAGAACUGGCAAUGACAUCAAUCCAAUCGCCGAACCUCCCCCAAUUCCACUCCCACGAGGUUCGAGGCUGCGCCCCCAUCGCCAAAUGACUUGACGCGUGUGCUCGCCUUCAGCUCUCGACGCCGCUCCGUGUUUCUAUUUUGUGUCUCAUUCAACCUCGUCUCAUCCCCGAAUCCGCAGCCUCGCAAGCAAUGCCAGCGUGCCGGACUUGGCCCUGGUCUGAACAAUUGCCGAGCGUGCUGCCAAGGGGUCAAAAACCCUUUGUAUCCCCAUUCUCAACUGCGGAGACCUAACAAUCGAAGCUAUUUUUUCCUUGUUUCCCUCUCCUUUCUUUUCAUUCUUGCGUUUUUCUUCUUCUUUCAUUUCUCCCUCUUUUCCUUCGGCAGAUUAUUCACCACUGCGGGAGCAGCCAGUCGCUAAUCAUGUCCAUCAAAAUCGUGCUGAAUAACCAGCCCGAGUUCUACACCAACCUCGACGUCAUCUCAGGCAAGGUCUUCUUAACUUUGCCAAAGAGCGAGCAGAUCGGCAGUAUCGUCGUCAAACUCGAAGGAGAGUCCGGUACAGCUCUACAGGUUCCAAGAAAUUACGGCUACGAACCGGGCGUGAAUCGGAAUGGUCCGCCACCGGGGCCUCCGGGCAGCAUCGUGGGUGAAAACCACAAGAUCCUCUACAAACUGGUAAAGGUGUUCCCAGACGAGUACUACGAAAGCUCAUCCAGUCCGUAUGGAUCAUAUCCCCUCGAUCCCGGCCAGCACCAGUUUCCCUUCACGUUCAAGCUACCCAUCAACAAUGCCUGCAGCAAUCCCGAAGCCAUGGCCAAGAUCGGUGGCCUGGGCGGUGUUGGAGGCUAUGGAUCAGGCGGCGGCCUCUUUGGGCUGGGCGGCGUCCGUGUCAUGGACGGUUCGAAGCAGCUGUUUCUACGGCACGUUACCGCGACUCUUCCUCCAUCCCUCACAGGCUUUCCUAUGCAAGCAGAAAUCCGGUACUACAUCAAGGUCACGAUCCAGCGACCAGGGCUUCUCAAGGAGAACUGGCGCUACCACAUUGGAUUCAAAUUUCUGCCUAUUGAACCGCCGCGACCUCCCCUCACUGGCCAGGAAGCUUUUGCUCGACGGCCUUUUUCUUUUACGCCUAGGGCAAAAGGACAAAAGAAACGGAGUUCAUUGUUCAGCAGCAAAAAGGCCAAUGAGGCUUUGAACGGUGCUGAAGGUGAUUCUCCAACGCCACCAUCAGUAGAGAUUUCAGCUCGGGUGCCGCAUCCAUCAGUUCUCACGUGCAAUAAGCCUGUCCCACUCCGGCUCAUCGCAAAGAAGCUCGUAGAAAGCAGUGAACAAAUCUACCUGAUCUCGUUCCAGAUGGACCUGAUUGGUGUGACGGAAAUCCGUGCGCAUGGGCUGUUCAACCAAAAAGUCAACCGCUGGGUUGUCGCCUCCUUUACAGACCUCCACAUCCCAAUAUGUGCUCCAGGGGAUGAAGUCGGCAAAGAAGUGACGCUCCCAGACGAACUCUGGAGAAACAGGCCGCUUCCAAACACCGUUGCCCCCUCCUUCAACACUUGCAACCUUACUCGAAGAUAUGAAAUAGAACUCAAGCUAGGCGUGAGCUGGGGCGAUCCAAAGGCAGGCUCCAUGACGAAGGACCCCUUUGCGCAACCCCAAACAAUAUAUCUGCCUCUUCAUUUCGCAAACGUUGAUGUAUUUUCUGGCAUUACACCACCUCCUGAGCUUCUGAAAGCUGCUCGAAAUACACGACCAGGUGAAAUCACCAUGUCUCGACCUCCUCGUCUACCUUCCCGACCUUCUGCCACCGACACCAACAAUACGAACGCUGCUGCCAGGCCUCAGCGACGGCCAAGUCAGGCGAAUCAACCGAGUCAGGCGAAUCAACCGAGUCAGCCAGCUAUGCCUCCAAGACCUCCUCAAGAUCCUCUAUACCCUCCACAGCUACCACCCGGCGACAUUCCGGCUUACGAGGACGUCCCACCACCAAGUUAUGACGAAGCCAUGGCAGAGAACUUAUCAGGGCCAUUUGACGGCUUACGGCCCCGACCAGCUUAUAGCGGCGUAACGAAUGAAAACGCGCCCAGUCAGAUGCCAGAAAAGAGCUAGUUUUCUGACCAAUAUUUACUGUCUGUUCUGUUGUUGCGUUGGGGAGAUAUGGAUGGCCAGGCUAGCAAGAGGGAAAAAAGGUGAUACCAAAGGAAUGGGCAAAAUAGAUGGGGGGAUUUUAAGUCGCACAAAAUACGGUUCGUCUAUGCAUAUAGAUAAUAUUGAAUAAUGAGCAAGCAUGUAAUUUUACACUGGAUAGAGCUGUUUAAGCAAGUAAUCAAGCCAUCAAAGCGUUUUGCGACGUUGAAAUCAAAGCUCCAUCG